AUGACAUCCUCAUUUAUUGAGACAAUGGAAGACCACAUGAAGUUAGUGCGGGAGGUGCUACGAAAACUAUUGAAAUUUAACAAGUGCAACUUCCACAAAACCAGUUGGGACUACUUUGGGUAUCACAUGUCCAAUGAACUAAAAGGUUAUGGACCAAUUUUUGAAGAGCAGCCCAUUGAUACCGUGUACCCAGAAGAGUCUCCAGAUGCAAAAGUGUCAAUGAACUGCAGAGCCAGAGGAAUCCCUACACCUACUUACAAGUGGCAACGUAACAACUGGGAUGUUGAUAUUAAACUGACAAAAGAACAUUACAGUAUGGUAGGAGGUAACCUGGAAAUCAAUAAUCCUGAGAAGUCAAGAGAUGAAGGAACAUAUGUUUGCAUAGCAUACAAUAUACAUGGAACUAUAAGGAGCCGGGAAGCAACUUUAAACUUUGGUUAUUUAUAUCCUUUUCCUCCGGAAGAGAGACAUGCAGUAAAAGUACGAGAAGGUGUAGGUGCUGUUCUUCUCUGUGAUCCUCCACCUCAUUAUCCAGAUGAUCUAAGUUAUCGCUGGUUUCUGAAUGAUUUCCCAGAAUUCAUUACCUUGGAUAAACGGCGAUAUGUGUCACAAACAAAUGGUAAUCUUUACAUUGCCAAAGUUGAACCUACUGAUAAAGGCAACUAUUCAUGCUGUGUGACCAGUAAUUCAAUUACUAAGAGUGUAUUCAGCAGUUUUAUUUCACUCAUCCCUCAAGCAGAUCGAUCAAAAGGCUACGUACCAGAUAUCAGAGUGAAGUUCAAAGAUACAUUUGCACUUUUAGGACAAAAUAUGACACUUGAAUGCUUUGCGCUUGGAAA